AUGACACGUCCUAAAGCCUCUUCGUCCACUCCUCAAGGGCCUGAAAAGCCGUCGAUGCAGCAGAAAUCGCAGAAGUUUCGCAAUCUGCAGAAUUGGAAAAACUCGCAAAACUCGCAGGAGCUGCAGAAGCCGCAAGAGCUAGGUUUGUCGAUGACUGCGGGAACGUCGCAGAAACUUGAACGUCGCCAGCAACAAAGCCAACUGGGGCAAGGGUACCAACAGGGUCAGCAGUAUCACCACCAGCGCCAGCACCAGGCCCAGCACCAGGCCCAGCACCAGGCCCAGCACCAAGUCCAGCAAAACCAACAGGUCCACCAACAACUGCAGUACACGCAAAAUGCUCAACAGCAACAGCAGGGACAACAGCAACACGCGCCCACCGCCCCAUACCAGCGUCGCUGGCUCAUCCAGGACGGCUUCGGAAGCUACCAACUCCCACCCGAGGAGGGUGGCGGCUGGAGCGCUGCCGUCCCCAUGGGCCUACCUUCCGAUCCGACAGCGCGCCACCCGCCAGCGGCGCUCCAGGGCUGGGCCGUCGCUCCUCAAGGGCCCUACUACAGGGCAUAUCAGACGUUCGGAUUGCACGCGCAGGCAUGGAAGGUGCAGGAGGAGUUGAAGAGGGCCGCUACGGAAAAGAAGGAGGAGGGGGAGGCGCAGAAGGUGCCCGCAAAGACUGAAGAGCGUCCUGCUCAGUCGUUGCCGCCGACGUCGUUGUCGUCGCCGCCGUCGCCGUCGGGCUCUGUGGCUAGCUCUUCGGUUACUGUUACUGCUGGGGGCGCACGCGCCCUGCGCGAUGGUGAGCGCUUCGGUACGGGUGGGAUCUUUGCGCGGCCGGAUAAAUGCGUGGUCAAGAUGCGGAAGCCGGGCCCUGGUGAGUGA